AACAGGCUGUCCUUGAUGGUGAAGUCACUAUUUUUGGGGAAUAAAAAAAAAAAGCAAAAAAGAAAGCCAUACCUAUUACAACUAAGCCCUAAAAGAAAUGCUUCUCUUCUAGGCAUACUGCAGCAUCCAGAUGGAACUGUCCUGAAGCAGUUGCAGCCGCCACCUCGUGGUCCCAGGGAGCAAGAAUUCUACAACAAGGUGUAUGACUCCGACUGUUGUGACAGCAUUCUUCUGGAACUACGGGAAUAUCUGCCAAAAUACUUUGGUGUCUGGUCACCACCUACUGCACCAAAUGAUAUAUAUCUAAAACUGGAAGAUGUGACCCGUAAGUUUAAUAAGCCAUGCAUAAUGGAUGUAAAAAUAGGUAAGAAAAGUUAUGAUCCAUAUGCUUCAGCAGAGAAGAUACAGCAGCAGGUCAGCAAGUACCCCCUGAUGGAAGAGAUCGGCUUUUUGGUUCUUGGAAUGAGGGUGUACCACGUGUCUUCGGACAGCUACGAGACGCAAAACCAGCACUAUGGAAGGAGCUUGACCAAGGAAACAGUAAAGGAUGGCAUCUCAAAGUUUUUCCACAGUGGGUACUGCUUGAGAAAAGAUGUGGUAGCUGCCAGCAUUCAGAAGGUUGAAAAGAUUUUGGAGUGGUUUGAGGGCCAGACACAGCUCAACUUCUAUGCAAGCUCAUUGCUGUUUGUCUAUGAAGGUUCAUGUCAAGCGACAACUGUGCGGUUGAGUGAUGUCACCUUGUCAGAGAAGAGAAGGGUGCCCAAAGGCCUGUUAGCAGGUGGAGAUGUAUUGGAGUAUAAUAAUAAUAUUCAUGUAAUAAAUUCUACAGAGAAUGGAAAAAUUGAAGCCUCUGUAAGUAAAAGCUUGUCUGAAUUUUAUGCACUUCACAAAAAGGCAUGCUCGAAGAGGCACCACAGUCAGCUCUCUCUAAAAGUUGAAAACUCAGAGCAAGACGAUGUGUGGAAAACCAGCACCUGCAUUACACAGGAGCACCUAAACGGAAAUGUUCUACCCCAACUGGAAAAAGUUUUCUAUCACGUACCAGCAGAGACCAAGGAAAGUGCAAAUGUUGAAGUUCGAAUGAUUGAUUUUGCUCAUGUGUUUCCUAGCAACGCAAAGGAUGAGGGCUAUAUUUAUGGUCUGAAGAAUCUAAUCAGAGUACUGCAAAAUAUUUUGGAUAACUGAAUUCUUUGCUAUGUUUUUUUAUUGGGGGCCAACGAUAAAGAGCAACAACAUGAAGAAUUUCUGCACUUGUAGUGCUGUAUAACUGGGUUUGUAUUGUUCUAUAUUUUAUUUGUCUUUGUACUUUUGGUAGAAGGGUUUAACUUUUUUAUAAUUUCACUCAGGAAAAAAUACUGCUAGUUAAUUAGGAAGUGUGAAAGGAUGAAGAUAUUUGAGAUAAAGCAGGAUGAGUAAAUUAAUAGAAUGAAAUGUAUGUGGUUGACUUAAGUCCAAGAACUACCAGAAGCAAGGGUUAUGUUAGUUCCUCUAAUAACUUUAGCAUAGAUGAUGUUUUUGCCCAUUUAACCUUGACACUGAGCCACAUCUCCAUUAAGAGGUGUUUAGAAAAUAGACUGAAAGUCAUAAGGUGCAGGAUUGAUGUCUGCAGUACUGCCCUUGUGUUUACUGUAUUUGAAUAACUGGAGUAACUCUGCAUGGAGAGAAAGAAAUCCUGUUCUUAGUCAGCAGUCUCGCCUGAAGCCAAUGCAUCCCAAAGUGCUUUUCCAUGUCAUGGGACAAUAUUGUUCUUUCAGUCCUUCCCCCUUUGUGGAUGUCUGUAGCCGAUGUUCACCACAGAUGAGCUAUCAUGUAAUUUGUGUUGAGGUGCUAAGAAAAUGCUGGAGUACAAUACCAUAAUAGGCUUGAACUGCACAACUUCUAGAGAAACUGUUUGUUCUUAAGAACAAGUGAAAGAAGGCAAAUGCAAGAUGUUCCAGGAGCUAAUUUGGUUUAGGAGAUUGUCAGUCUGUUAAUGGAGUGUCUGAUGCUGUGAUUAAGGAAAAUGUCUCACCCUGUUCUCAUGGCCCUGCUCUAAUAACAUUGCUUUAAAAAAGCAAACUAAUAGAAUGGGGAAACAAGUGUUUUGGGUGAGUGUACAGAGCUCUUCUGGAUGUAAUCAACUUGUAUUUUUGCAGUGAGUGUUUGAUGCUUCCACUGCUGGGGAGCACUGACUGGAACCACAAGCAAUACAGGUGGAAGAGCCUCCUGUGGGAUCAUUUAGCCUUGGAGCCACUAGGUGUGCCACCGCUUGUGCCAGUGGAGCUGUGGCUCUCCCGUCCUGGGGCUGCAGACGCUGCAGGUUUCUUUAGUGACAUACAGGCAAGCUGUGUUAUUUGAAAGCUGUCCUAUUUCCUUCCUUUUCACAAGAAAAAUUCAACUUUUGUGUUGAAUACUUGAGAUCAGUAUGAUGUGUCCAAAGCAAUUUUGGUGUAUCUCUUCUGUAUGCUGUGUAUGUAGCUGUGCUGCCAUGCAUAUUACAGUGAGCUGUAUGAAAAGUGGGAAUGGAGGAGUCUUGCCAUCCCUAGAGUAAGAUUUUAAUGCUUAAAGCAUUUCCAGGACGAAAAUGUUUUAGAAUGGAUUUGGUCAUUGGAAACAUACAUCUUUUUUGUGUGGACUUAGUGACCCUAUGGCCUUGCUGCUCUCUCUGUAUGAUGUUCUUCACUAUGCACUCAGCUGUGUACAGCUUGACAAGUUCAUUGGACAUCUGUUUUCUACAUGACAAAGAGAUUCAUAUUUUUCAAGCAAAUACGCUUGAAAUAGUAAUUUUUUUAAUAAAGCUGAAUUUUUAGCUCUAUUUGAGAGCUUGGUUUAAUUGGGAGAAACAGGGUAUUACUGUGUAUAGAAUUACAUGGUUUAAACUUCAGAGCUCAUAUUGGCCAAUACAUUCAAGACUGAAACCAACCUUUUAAUAACAUGAUAUUUCAGAAGUAUGGGAAAAGGGGCUUGCAGGAAGGGUGAAAAUUCCAGUGUGUUGAAAAUUUUAUGGGAAAUACAGUGAAGUCUGACAGGGGAAGUACCAGGAAGAGGGACUUUUUUCCUACCUGGUAUUUCUCUUGCACCUUAUAGUUAAUAUAUUCCCAACUCUCUGUGAUUUAAUUUAAGCCAUGUUUUAGAAAGAGUUUGUGGUUUUAAUUGCUUUUUCACUGGUUUCUCUGUUAUAAUUUUGUUGUUCUAUCCCCUAAAUAGUCAAUGCUAGAGUAGUGCAGACUUGGUAGUGGCCUUGUAUGAUAAAGUUACAAGGUUUUAUAAGAAAAUAUGGGCAAAACCAUUUAAACAUCAUUUUUGUGCUCUGUAAUUCAUCUCUUUUGGAUUUUAAUCCAUUUUGUACCAGAGAAAUGAGGCAUUUUCCUCAAGUCAGUUAUUGGAAAAUGAUUAGUAUGCACUUAGUACCAUGCACUCACCUGUUUCUGCUUUAAGAUACAUGUCCUCAGUGUUUGAAUGCUCUUUAAGUAUUGAUUGUUUUGUUGGCUAUGGCAGUAACACGCCUGGAAUAUUGUCAACCUGUCAGAAUAUUUUGAAUAAAAAAAUUUUAUCAUGGUUUUUGUACCAGUAGUUAUUAUGAAUGUAUUUCUGAUAAUUUAAAAUGUAGCUUAAGAAAUAACAGUGUUUUUCAUUGGAAAUUGUGUAAUUAAAGCUUGCCAUGGAGAUGUUUGGACAUAGUGCCAGCUGUGAGUUUGAGCCUGCAGAGGCCUUAUAUUCACACUGUUCUUGCAGAUUUUAGACAUGAAGUGUCUUGUGUCUGAGCCAAUUGUUUUCAGUUACAGUUGGAAAUGUAUUUACAGAAAUCAUUAAGCAUUACAGAAAUCAAUAAAUAAAUCAUUAAAUGUAGAAUUACAUUUCUAUGUAAUUAGAAAAUGAAGAGGUAGACAAUGGGUCACCGAACUGAUGUGUACUCUCAGUGACUGAUCUCCCUCUCUCAGCAAUGCCCCUUUUGUUCUCUGGACAAAGUAUGCAGGAUAGGCAACCAUUACAUGGAAAUCUUUACUGGAAUGGUUAUAAGGCUUGUAGAUGUUUAUGUCCUAUAAAACAGUGGGUUGCUGCCCCAGCCUAGUGUGUAGCUGGGUGCUAGGCCUGUUGAGGAAACUGAUGAUUUUAUGCAAUAAGAGUUGGGUUUAGCAGAACCAACAGAACUCCUGCAGUAUUUUCACUCAUGGACUCUGAGAAUAUAGGCUUCUGGAGCCUUUCUGCCUAGGUGAUGUGAGAACUGGGCUUAGGCUUACCUAAGGAGAACUUGAGAUGUAUAAAUUUUAUGAAAACAUUUACAAAUGUAUUUUUGAAUAUGGGUGAAAUUUCUUGCAUAAAUUGCAUUGGAAGUUAUUAUGCCACUCUGAAAUAAUUAGAAUAAUUUAAUCAAUUUGUUUUAUGAACUGAACUGGAGACUUUACUUGUAGUUAUGAUUCUGAUGAAACUUGGACUCUUUCAUUUUUUUUCUACUGAAAUGCAUAACCAGAGCAUUCUUUUCCAUAACUGCACAAUUUCAUGAAGAACUUUUAAAAGUACUGAGUAGAUUAGGAAAUCACUAAUUUCCAUUAAAUUUAUUAGAAGAGUGUGUAUGUUAUUAAAAUAUUUCAGUGCAUGUACUAUUGUAAUGUUAACAUGCCAUGAAUCUGGAACCUCAGUAAAACUUCUCACCUGCACU